AGCUCUUGGUUACAAGAUGGCGGCGCUGAGCGGCGGCGGCGGCGGCGGCGGCGGCGGCGGCGCGGAGCAGGGCCCCGCUCUGUUCAACGGGGACAUGGAUCCUGAGACUGGCGCCGGCUCGGCAUCCUCCGCUGAGCCGGCCAUCCCCGAGGAGGUAUGGAAUAUCAAGCAAAUGAUAAAAUUGACACAGGAACACAUAGAGGCCCUAUUGGAUAAAUUUGGAGGAGAACAUAACCCACCAUCAAUCUAUCUUGAGGCCUAUGAAGAAUACACCAGCAAGCUAGAUGCACUUCAACAACGGGAACAACAAUUAUUAGAGUCCAUGGGGAAUGGAACUGAUUUUUCUGUUUCUAGCUCAGCCUCAACAGACACAGUUACAUCUUCUUCCUCUUCUAGCCUGUCAGUGGCACCUUCAUCUCUCGCAGUUUUUCAGAAUCCCACAGAUGUGUCAAGAAGCAAUCCCAAGUCACCACAAAAACCAAUUGUUAGAGUCUUCCUGCCCAACAAACAGAGGACUGUGGUACCAGCAAGAUGUGGAGUAACUGUCCGAGAUAGUCUAAAGAAGGCAUUGAUGAUGAGAGGCCUGAUCCCAGAAUGCUGUGCAGUGUACAGAAGACAGGAUGGAGAGAAGAAGCCUAUUGGCUGGGACACUGAUAUUUCCUGGCUUACUGGAGAAGAACUGCAUGUAGAAGUUUUGGAGAAUGUUCCCCUAACAACACACAAUUUUGUACGAAAGACAUUUUUCACUUUAGCAUUCUGUGACUUUUGUCGAAAGCUGCUUUUCCAAGGUUUCCGCUGUCAGACAUGUGGUUAUAAAUUUCACCAACGCUGUAGUACAGAGGUGCCACUGAUGUGUGUUAAUUAUGACCAACUUGAUUUGCUGUUUGUCUCCAAGUUCUUUGAACAUCACCCAAUACCGCAGGAGGAGGCCUCCUUAGGAGAGACCACCCUUACGUCGGGAUCAUCCCCUUCAGCACCCCCCUCAGAUUCCAUUGGGCCCCCACUUCCAUCGCCUUCAAAAUCCAUUCCAAUCCCACAGCCCUUUCGACCAGCAGAUGAGGAUCAUCGGAACCAGUUUGGGCAGCGUGACAGGUCCUCAUCAGCUCCCAAUGUGCAUAUAAACACAAUAGAGCCUGUCAACAUUGAUGACUUGAUUAGAGACCAAGGGUUACGGGGUGAUGGAGCCCCCUUGAACCAACUGAUGCGCUGUCUUCGGAAAUACCAAUCCCGGACUCCCAGUCCCCUCCUACAUUCUGUCCCCAGUGAAAUAGUGUUUGAUUUUGAGCCUGGCCCAGUGUUCAGAGGAUCUACUACAGGGUUGUCUGCCACUCCUCCUGCUUCCUUGCCUGGAUCUCUAACUAAUGUGAAAGCAUUACAAAAAUCUCCAGGACCUCAGCGUGAAAGAAAAUCUUCAUCAUCUUCUGAAGACAGGAAUAGAAUGAAAACCCUUGGUCGACGGGACUCAAGUGAUGAUUGGGAAAUUCCAGAUGGGCAGAUUACAGUUGGACAAAGGAUAGGAUCUGGAUCAUUUGGAACGGUCUACAAGGGGAAAUGGCAUGGUGAUGUAGCUGUGAAAAUGUUGAAUGUGACAGCACCCACACCUCAGCAGUUACAGGCCUUCAAAAAUGAAGUAGGAGUGCUCAGGAAAACACGACAUGUGAAUAUCCUACUCUUUAUGGGCUAUUCAACAAAACCACAGUUAGCCAUUGUUACACAGUGGUGUGAAGGCUCCAGUUUAUAUCACCAUCUACAUAUCAUUGAGACCAAAUUUGAGAUGAUCAAGCUAAUAGAUAUUGCACGGCAAACAGCACAAGGCAUGGAUUAUUUACAUGCCAAGUCCAUCAUCCACAGAGACCUCAAGAGUAAUAAUAUAUUUCUUCAUGAAGACCUCACAGUAAAAAUAGGAGAUUUUGGUCUGGCUACAGUAAAGUCACGAUGGAGUGGUUCCCAUCAGUUUGAACAGUUAUCUGGAUCCAUCUUGUGGAUGGCACCAGAGGUCAUUAGAAUGCAAGAUAAAAACCCAUAUAGCUUUCAAUCAGAUGUAUAUGCAUUUGGGAUUGUUCUGUAUGAGUUGAUGACAGGACAGUUACCUUACUCAAACAUCAACAACAGGGACCAGAUAAUUUUUAUGGUGGGGCGAGGAUACUUGUCGCCAGAUCUCAGUAAGGUGCGGAGUAAUUGUCCAAAAGCCAUGAAGAGGUUAAUGGCAGAGUGCCUGAAGAAGAAGAGAGAUGAGAGGCCACUCUUUCCCCAGAUUCUUGCCUCCAUUGAACUUCUGGCCCGCUCAUUGCCAAAAAUUCACCGCAGUGCAUCUGAACCCUCAUUGAAUCGGGCUGGCUUCCAAACGGAGGAUUUUAGUCUGUAUGCUUGUGCUUCUCCAAAAACGCCCAUCCAGGCAGGGGGAUAUGGAGAAUUUGCCGCCUUCAAGUAGCCACACCAUCAUGGCAGCAUCUACUCUUAUUAUUUCUUAAGUCUUGUGUUCCUACAGUUUCUUAACAUCAAAACUCAGUUCUGUUCCUCAAAACCUUUUUUAAA